AUGGAUGGGAGCCAUCUAUCCCCUCCAACUGCUUCAUCCUCUGCGACUCCAGCUACUCAGCCUCAGCAGACCAUCGGCCAAAGGCCACCUCCUCCCUACUAUCUGCCUCUCUAUCCCCAUCAGCAACUGCCGCCACCCUUCCUCUUGGUGGAUCAUGUAGAAAAACCGCAACUUCUUCCCCAGGGUCAGGAGCAACCCGUCUUCAUCAAAAACGAAGAUUCUCAGUCCCCAUCCGAGGAAUCCAUGCAGAAGUUGACAGUCACCCUGCCGCGCUUCCAGUCAGGCCGACCGAUAUCGCCCGCCACCUCCGACUUGAGCGACUCUUCCACUCCCGCCUCGGAUGACAAGGCUCUGCUCUCUCUUCGUCUACCUUACGAUACUUUUCUGAAACCAACCUUGCAAGGAAGGAGUCUGGAUGCCAUUUUGUCGCUCCCGGUCUCCUUGCGCGACAGUCUGCAACCGUACUUCUACCACUUCUCCACUUCUUGUGCACGCACAUGUUUUCCCUUUGGUUCAGAGGAGUUAUGUCUCUGGUGGUGGCAACAGGCCAUGAAUCAGCCCGCAUUCCUGUUCAUCCUUCUCACCACCAGUGCCAUCCACAAGUCCGCGUCUGAAACGAUUGCAGGCGGCGUCUCGGUAGCCGCCCAGCAAUCCACCCAGCACGCCCUUCUCUUUCGCGUCAAGGCAUAUGAGUUUGUGCGCCAGAUUUUGAACGAGUCGGAAACCGCUGCUCUGGAGACGACUGCGUUUGUCGUGGCCCCAUUAAUAUGUGUUGAGGCGGCCGACGGAAACCAACAGGCUGCAGACGCUCAUGUUCAAGGGCUCAAGAAACUGGUCGAUCUACUUGGUGGUAUUGAGGGCCUGGACCAUGCGAUGGUCUCGCUUUUUUACUCUGCGGUACAUGUGUAUGGACUUCUCACCAGCUCGGAACCAGCGUUCCCCAUGUCCGAAGAAUGGAAGCAGAGAGUUCUUCAAGAGGUCUUCGCUGUCAAGUCCGAGGAGGAUUUUCGAGACCACUCGUACUUUGGUAACCGUUUCUUCGCCUCGCCCUGGUCUGCGGGACUGGACCCCAGCCUCAGGCUUCUUCUCCAACACUUUCGACAAUUGAUGGUGCACUACAACUACGCGCAGUCAUCCUUGUCAAAAUCAUCGGAGAACAACUUCGCCCUCCUGACUGCAUAUGAGCUUCUCGCCACGACCUACGUUCUCAACCCGUCGGACUUUCAGGAUACGCUGCGCAUUGCGAUGCGGAUCUACCUUGCUCUGCGACUUUGGACCUUUCAAGGGUUGCCAUGCAUGAAAUUCGUGUCUGAAGAGCUACAGCACAGUCUGUACACGACACUCCACCUCCUGCAGAGAACGGCGCCGGAUCUCCUAUUUUGGAUUCUGUUUGUGGGAGGCCUCGCCUCGAUGGGCCACCAAACAUCCGCAUGGUUCAAGACCUACCUCUCCAUCACCGCCGGCCAACUGGCCGUGUACAACUGGGAUGCCGCAUUGGUCCUGCUGGAAGGCUUCUGUUUCAUUUACCGGCCAGCAGACACGAUGGCUCGGGAUCUCUGGAACGCCGUUCAGCAGCGUCAGGAGCAAGAAUUCUAUCCGCAAUGA